AUGGGGUUAAAAGACGAUAGCACCGGUAAACAACUGGAGAAGGUCACUGGUGGCCUUCAUCACGAUCAGCUUGCUGUAGAUGCUAUACAAGCGACUGCCAAAGAACAUAAUCUGACACUGUGGCAAGCAAUUCGGCUGUAUCCCAAAGCAAUCGGGUGGUCAAUUUUUCUCUCGACGGCAAUUAUCAUGGAAGGCUACGACGUUGUUCUAAUGCAAAGCUUCUACGCAUUUCCUGAAUUCGCGAAUCGAUACGGACACAAGACCUCAGACGGUGACUACCAAAUCACAGCGCCAUGGCAAUCAGGCUUGUCGAACGGUGCAAAUGUGGGAGAGAUACUCGGUCUAUUCAUCAAUGGGAUUGUAUCAGAACGCUACGGAUAUCGGUUUACAAUGAUCGUGUCACUAACUGCAUUGACUUGUUUUAUUUUCAUUCCUUUUUUUGCCUCCAACAUUGAGACAUUGGAAGUUGGGGAGAUAUUGAUGGGAAUCCCAUGGGGAGUCUUCCAAACACUGACCACAGCAUAUGCAUCGGAAGUUUGCCCAGUAGUUCUUAGAGGUUACCUGACCACCUAUGUGAAUGUCUGCUGGGGAAUUGGUCAAUUGAUUGCCGCUGGAGUACUGAGAGGCUUGCUCAACCGCUCCGAUCAGUGGGCAUAUCGUAUACCAUUUGCGCUUCAGUGGAUAUGGCCGGUUCCAUUGAUAGUUGGUAUCUGUCUUGCCCCAGAAUCGCCAUGGUGGUUGGUCAGAAAAGAUAGAGUUGAUGAAGCACAGAAAGCGCUACUUCGACUCACAAGUCAACGGCCCAAUAUCUCGGAUUCGACAUUUGAUGUUGAUCAAACGAUUGCCAUGAUGGUGCAUACUGAUGCACUUGAACGAAGACUAACAAGCGGCACUUCCUACUUGGACUGCUUUCGGGGCAGCGAUCUUCGACGAACUGAGAUUGUCUGUGUGACAUGGGCAAUCCAGAAUCUCUGUGGUGCAGCUUUCAUGGGGUAUUCAUCAUACUUCUUUCGGCAGGCCGGGCUAUCUGUUUCGUAUUCAUUUGAUAUGUCGAUGGCUCUUUACGCUGUAGCAAUUAUCGGUGUCUUUGCAUCAUGGUUCUUCAUGACUCAUUGGGGACGACGAACACUAUACCUCAGCGGACUAGUUUCUAUGUGUAUCAUACUACUGAUCAUUGGCCUUGUCGCUGUAGAUGACAAGUCGACUAAUAGUGGUUGGGUGAUUGGAUCUCUACUACUAGCCUAUACUUUGUUAUACGAUAUUACCGUGGGCACCGUGGCAUUCUCGAUUGUCGCGGAGAUUCCUUCCUGUCGUCUCCGAACGAAAACCAUUGUCCUUGGACGAAAUUUGUACAACGUGAUCGGGAUCAUAAAUGGAGUGAUAACGCCAUAUAUGCUCAAUCCAUCGACAUGGAACUGGAAGGGAAAAGCUGGAUUUUUCUGGGCUGGUUCGUGCUUUUUAUGUUUGGUAUGGACGUAUUUUCGCUUGCCGGAGCCGAAGGGAAGGACUUUUGAGGAAUUGGACUUGUUGUUUGAGAGGAAGAUCAGUGCUAGGAAGUUUAAGCAGAGCGAGGUCAACCACGAGGAUUCAUUUCAGGAAGUGAAUACUGCUUAA